AUCGCUCCGGUCUUCACGCCUUUUAAUUCAAGAAAGUCAACUCUAAAUUUAUCAAUAAUACCGAAAUAUGCUCAAUAUUUGGCUGAUAACGGAGUCAAUGGCGUUUUAGUCAAUGGUACAACUGGGGAAGGCGUAUCGAUGACAGUAUCUGAACGUAAACAAGUUGCAGAAGCAUGGGCUAAUGCUGUUAAAACAACCAAGCAACAUUUGAUGAUUCAAGUUGGUGGAACGACUUUUCCUGAUGUUAUUGAACUUGCUAAACAUGCAGAAGAAUUAAAAGCUGAUUCUAUUCUGUGCUUACCAGAGCUGUAUUUUAAACCUACCAACUGUAAAGAAUUAACAGAAUACUUAAAAAAUGUCGGAAAUGCAGCACCUAAUACCCCCCUCCUGUACUAUCACAUUCCAAUGCUCACAAAUGUCAACAGUAAGCUUUAA